AUGAGUCUCAUAUACCUCCCAAUCUUCGCGGCAGCUGCCAUGCAGGUCCUAGGGGUGGUUGUUCCUCAACAACCGCCUAUCUUCUCAGGCCCAUGCGCCGUCCUACCCCCGUCUAACAAGACUGAAAAUCGAAGCUAUGAUGGGGUACAAUCAGGCGCCUCAUCUAUCUGGGGUCACGAGGGCAGCGGCGGACCGAAGAAAUGGACAGACCUCUACGUCAAGGGUCUCACCGUCAUACCAUAUUGCUUUCCUACCGAAGAACAUCGCAAAGCCAACAUUGCGAAAGUGGAAGCAGCCACCGAACUUUGGAUCACGGCGCUUGGUGGUAAGGCUUCGGAGGCUAGUGGUCAUAAGAUCAUGUUCUCGGAAUGGAUUGAUCCUCGGAAGAAACCCAUGUACUGCAUCGACGUGAACAGUCCAUUCGAUAGUAAGUGGAACAUGGCUGUUCCAUACAAAACAGUCGCCAUCUGGAAGGAUGAUCGUGCGGGAAAACGCGCCGCAUCAUCUACUGUGGGAAUGGGUGAUUCUCCUGGGAAGCCAUGGGAUUUGGACAUGUGGCUUGGCGAAGAGGCUAGCGUUCAGACCAUAGCACAUGAAUUCGGCCAUGUCAUGGGUACGUAA